GGCCUCAUUGCUUUUGAAUGCGGCCCACGAUGAGAAUGUGAAAGCAUAAUGCACCACUAUAUUGUGCUUUAGCACUAUAGCUUUGGAUCUGCAACUAUGAAUACAAUUGCGCUGUGUAGCUGAAGGCUAAAUGCAUCAAAUUUACUCGGUAUUCAUGAUUUCGAGAGGAAUUCUAUCAGUUUUGCGUGGACAACACUAGCAUUGCUGUUAGAGGCAGAACGUUUACACUACCGCGGCGUGCGACUAUGAACAGUUCCAUUUUCUGCAUGGCUGAUGGGAAAUUAAAGGGGGAAGAAAUUGUCUUUCCCACUAUGGCGCCAUCCGAUGAACAUCUUCUGGCCAACAUGCAACACAUCGGCGAGACUGACCAUCACGUAAAACGACCGAUGAACGCCUUCAUGGUGUGGUCGGCAACGCGGCGCAAGGAAAUUGCCGAAGAGAACCCUCGGAUGCACAAUUCGGAGAUUAGCAAGAUCCUCGGUAGUGAAUGGAAGGAAAUGUCCGAAACGCAAAAGCGGCCCUACCGGGAGGAAGCCAAAAAUAUUCAGCUUAUCCAUAAACAGGAACAUCCAGAUUAUAAAUACCGGCCCCGGCGCCAGCCCAAAACCGGCACUUUCGCUCCUACUUUCGCAGGAUCUCCUUAUGCCAAGGAAAUGUUCCGCAAGCCCCUCGUGAUCAAUGUCUCCCCGGGGGAUGCGCGGUACGCUACCAAUCCCGCGCAUGUGGAAGAUUACUCCCGUCGGCACUCCGACAGUGACUCCGAUGGGGAUGCCAUGUACCCGGCGCACAACGGUACCCCCAAAUCCGAUGUCGGGCGUCGCGCCGGCUCGGAAUCCAGCGGCGCCACUGAACCCCGCCCCGCCCACAUGAAGGAUGAUGACCUUAAUCAUCUUCCCGGGAAUUAUGAACCGCGGACGAACGGAGAGGUGGCCGGCCGGAGGACGCAGACGCUGGCCACGGGUUGCACGGCGGUGGUGGGUAACCCUGGCGAAGUAUUCCGGGCGCAGCAGAAACUUGUGCAGGAUGCGUGUUUUAUCUACGAAACGGGAAACAAACCGGUUGUGGUUACGUUCGCCAAGUACAAUCUGACGCUGCGCCUGGAGCCGGAAAAGCUGGCUGCGUCGUUGCUGCCGAUUCUACACUCGUAAAUUCUCGUCGAUGGUAUCGUUUUGAUUACAAGAGAUUUUAACGAUGUUGGAUUUUUAUACAUAAGUUGGUGUUUUAAUUAAUUCACACGUGCUCAUUCAUUUUGUGGUGCGAAUAGUGGUAUUUUUGUUUAUGGAUCUGUCUGAUUUUGUUAAAUGAUUUUUCGGUACAAUAAAAUAAGCCAAAAUAAAUUCCCGCAAAUUUG